AAAGCUCACGGAGCUCCAAGGGCAGUUUGGCCGCGCUCUUGUUCCUACCUGUCUCAUGACGGAGCUCAGGGAGACCCCAGCCAGGCUGCUGGACAAGGUCAUCGAAGAGCAGCUCCUGCCCAACACGCGUUUCCGUGAGCAGGUCAAGGAAGCUGUGCAUAUCAUCUGCUCAUUCCUGAAGGAGAGAUGUUUCCAAGGAGCUUCCCACCCCGUGCGGGUGUCAAAGGUGGUGAAGGGCGGCUCCUCGGGCAAGGGCACAGCCCUCAAGGACCGGUCUGACGCUGACCUGGUGGUCUUCCUGACAAAACUCACAAGCUUUCGUGAGCAGCUAGACAAACGGGGCGAGUUCAUUGCGGAGAUUAAGAAGCAGUUGGAAGCCUGCCAGAGAGAGGAGCGAUUUCAAGUGAGGUUUGAGAUCAAUAGUAAGUGGGACAACCCCCGCGUGCUCAGCUUUGUGCUGAGUUCCCGCCAGCUGGAGGAGGAGGUGGAGUUCGAUGUGCUACCUGCCUUUGACGCCCUGGGUCAGAUUACCAAAAACUCCAGGCCCGAGCCCCAAGUCUACAUUGACCUCAUCAAGGAGUGCACCUCCCUGGGGAAGGAGGGCGAGUUCUCCACCUGCUUCACAGAGCUCCAGCGCAACUUCCUGAAGCAACGCCCUACCAAACUCAAGAGCCUCAUCCGCCUCGUCAAGUUCUGGUACCAGACGUGUGAAAAGGAGCUUGAUAAGUCGCUGCCACCACAGUAUGCCCUGGAGCUCCUGACGGUCUAUGCUUGGGAGCAGGGGAGUGGCAAAACAGAGUUUGACACGGCCCAGGGCUUCCGGACCGUCCUGGAGCUGGUCAUGGAGUACCAGUACCUGUGUAUCUACUGGACAAAGUACUACGACUUCAGUGACCCCACGAUCAAGUUCUACCUGACCCAGAAGCUUGCCAAACCCAGGCCUGUGAUUCUUGAUCCAGCUGACCCCACAGGAAACGUGGCUGGUGGAAACCUAGAACCCUGGCAGCGGCUGGCAGAAGAAGCUCAACAAUGGCUGAGUUUCCCGUGCUUUCGAAAAUGGAAUGCCGUCCUCGUGGACUCCUGGGACGUGUCGCCUAAAGUGGAGGUGCCCGUGGAAACACUGGGACAUGACGUACCGCUACGCAGAUUGUUUUCACCAGUCAGUGGUCACUCCACAGGAAGAGGACAGCUGGACCUGCAUCAUCCUCUGAGCACCCGCGCCUCCCCAAAGCAGCCCCUGGUUUCCAGUGCGCCCCUGGGGCCAGGGAAUCCCGGGUUUCUACCUCCUACCCUCCGCAUACUGCUUGGCUCCCUUUCCCAUCACGAAGGCCCUUGCCUCAAGUCCUGCCAGUUCUGUCACAAGACAGGGAGAUGACAAGUGGAUAGAAAGGGGUGCAAUCCUUUGCCUCUCUUCUCUGGGUCCCUGGGGGGGUCAGGGAGCAAUGACAAUAAAAAUGGCAGUGAUGAC